UGCGGGUGGAAGCAUAGGGAGGGGGCGUCAUUGAAUUGCGUGAGUUUUUGCUAGACCGGUUAGGUAUAUUAGCUAAGGCUUUCGAGGACCCACUGUUCUGUGCCUACCUCGUUUAGGUUUUAUUGAGAUAAACCCCAGCAGCACACUGUUGGGUGCAGUGGCAACGGAACGUCGCUAGCUGUGGGACCGAAAAAAAUCGGCUUUUAGUGCGAGGCCCGCGGAGCCCGGCCCGACCCAGCCCGCCAUGAAGGUGAAGGAGGCAGAGCGGACGGCCAACGUGGCCUGGUCGCCGGCGCCGCUGCCGCGCGUGCUGAUGGCGGCCGGCACCGCCGCCCAGCAGCUGGACGCCACCUUCUCGUCGACGGCUCGGCUAGAGGUGUUCAGCCUGGCGCUGGACCAGCCGUCGCUGGACAUGCCGGCGGUGGCCAGCGUCGAGACGGCGGCGCGGUUCCAUUGCGUGUCGUGGGGCGCACACGGCCUGGGCGGUCAGCGGCCGGCCGGGGUCAUCGUCGGCGGCGCCGACGGUGGCCUCAUCAGCCUGUACGACGCCCAGCAGCUGCUGGACGGCCAGCCGGCGCUGCUGGAGACCGUCAGCCGACACUCGGGCGCCGUGCGCGCGCUCGACUUCAACCCCUUCCAGGCGAACCUGCUGGCGUCGGGCGCCGCCGACUCGGAGCUGUUCAUCUGGGACCUGAACAGCCCCAGCACGCCCAUGACGCCCGGAGCCAAGGCGCAGCCGUCCGAGGACGUGUCGGCCGUCAGCUGGAACAAACAGGUUCAGCACAUCAUGGCGUCGACGUUCACGUCUCGCUGCGUGGUGUGGGACCUGCGCAAGAACGAGCCCAUUAUCAAAGUCAGCGACGGCCAGGCGGGGAUGAAGUGUAAGGUUCUGGCGUGGCACCCGGAGGUGGCCACGCAGCUGGUGCUGGCCAGCGAGGACGACCACACGCCCACCAUCCAACUGUGGGAUCUGCGAUUCGCCACCUCGCCGCUCAAAACGCUCCAGCGACAUCAAAAGGGUAUCCUGUCCCUGGCCUGGUGCGAGCGCGACUCUCACCUGCUGCUCAGCGCCGGAAAGGACGACAAGAUCCUCUGCUGGGACCCGCACGCCGACACUGCCGGUGGCGAGGUGGUGGCCGAGCUGUCGGCGUCGCCGCAGUGGAACUUCUCGGUGCGGUGGUGUCCGCGGAACCCUGCCCUCAUCGCCGCCUCCAGCUUCGACGGCCGCGUCUCCGUCUACAACGUCAUGGGCAAGGUGGAGGAGCCGCCCGUCUCUCCGGCCUCUACGCUGGUGGACUCGUUCCCGGACAUGGCGGGCGUGGCGGCGGCGCUACCGGCCGUGCAGCGGCGCACGUCCGUGCCGCUCACGCGGCCGCCCGGCUGGAUGCGCCGGCCCUGUGGCGCCACCUUUGGAGUGAUUCGCGGCGGCCGGCUGGUGUCGUUCCACCACGAGAAGCCGACCGACGGCGGCCGACCCCAGCGGCUGGUGGAGGUCCGUCAGGUGGUCACCGACCCUGAGCUGGUGCAGCGCUCCGAGCAGUUCCAGCAGGUGCUGCUUGUCGGACGGCCUGGCCCGCGUACUGCGCCGAGCGGGCCGAGUCGGCGGCCGAGCCGGACCGGCCCAGUCUGGCGCUUCCUUGCGGCCCGCUUCAGCGCCGACCCGCGCGCCGAGCUGCUCGGUCUGCUCGGGCGUACCAGAGUCAAGCAGGCGGACGGCGGCGGCAGCGGCGGGCGACUCCGACCAGGGAUUGCAGAUGGAGACGAUCCUCAGUUCGAGAUGGACAUGUGA